UCGUCGCCGAGCGAGAGACGAAAGCCGCAGUCCGCAGAGCAGCGGCGGCAGCGGGAAAAGCUGCAUGUCCGAGUCAGAGAGAUGCCAUGGCCCCGUGACGAGCCAAAUUAAAUUCGCACCCACCUGACCUCCCUCCCUCCCUCGCUCUCUGGCUGCACUUUUCCCUCCUCACCUCCACCACCUCCGGGCACCAGCCCGCGCUGCUCUCUGCCUCUCUCCUGUCCCCGGCUUCAGCAGUUCAGCUCCUUCACCUACACACCACACGGACGACCUCCUCGCUGCGGUUGCUCCGUCCGGUGGCCAGGCCGCGGUUCUUGGCGCUCUUGGUUGGUCGGAUCCCUUGAUACCAGACGGCUCUGCGUCCACCUUUAACUUCUUGGGGGAUUCUUGAGCGUCACCUUCCUGUUUGUUUCUUGGGUUGAUGCGGUCCCGGCGGCGGCAACUGUUCUUAUGACUGGAGGGGCCAAGGAGGUGGAACUUUUCCGUUGAGGGGGAGAACCGAACCGAGGGAAUGGAAGGCGAGGCGGCGGCGGCGGCGGCCGAGGCGGUGGCGCGGAUACGGCUGGUGCGGUGCCCCAAGUGCGACAAGUUCUUACCGGAACUGCCUGCCUACUCCGUCUACGUCUGCGGCGGAUGCGGCGCCACCCUCCAAGCAAAGAAGAAGAAUUCAGCCCAAUCGUCACAUGACGCUGACAAUGGAAAUGUGAAAUACCUUGAAGUACUGGAGCGUGUUCCAGAGGCAUCUGCAAGAAAACAUGGAGCUAGUACUACUGAUAGGUCAGAAACCAGUAAAAUGGCAGAUGUACAUAUCAAACAAGUUUAUUAUGGCCAUCACGAUAGCAUUCAGACUGGGCCAAGUCCCUCAAAUCUGAACGCUUCUAUUAGAGAUGAUGGCAAGGAGGCAAAGUACCGACACAUUCGUUAUUGGGAGAAUGGUGAAAUGGGGCAAUCAUUGAGAGUAAGAGACAUGUCCCCAAAGUCACCAGCCAAUGCUUAUCAGGGUGAGUGCCAUUCGAAGCUGAGGUACAACUAUUCUGCUAAGGAAUGCCCAGGUGAAAGAAAUUUGGAUGGUCCAAGCAGAGUGAGGGGGCUUGAGAAAGACCGCACUGAGAUCUUAAGGAUGCUUGAUGAGUUGAGAGACCAGGUACAGCAAUCUUGCGAUGCAACUAAUGGGCCAAGUGGAAGUGCCCCAACUACUACAGCAGCAGAUUCCCACAUUUCAUAUGGUACUUCUGACCGAUUGAAUCAAUUGAGGCAUAUUCCACCACAAUUGCAUCGGAAUGAUUCACAUCACACCCCAUCAUUGAAUGUACAAAGUCCUAGUGUUUCUCGUGUUUAUGCUCCCCUGCCUGCACAACAAGAUUGUGUCGGAUAUGCAGAGCUCAUUUCACAUGCUAGACGCUCUAGCUAUCCUGCCAGCCUCUAUCCAUGGAGAAAUUUUGAUAAUUAUUUCUUUGGACAGCAUGAUCCUGAUUCUCUUCUCUCUUGCCGCCAUGAUGGCUUCUAUCACCAAGCUGCCUGUUCUUGCUUGCAUUGUUGCCACCAAGAAUUCUUGCCUGUACAGGGAAAUCACAUGGGCUUCAAUGAUCAAAGGGCACCAUAUCUUCUGAACGGUUAUGGGGCUUAUCCUGUGGACAGUCCCUUACUUGGUCAGCAAAGAUACAGUAGAAGAGCCAUCAAUACUACCUUGCAGCAGAAUCACAUGAGGGUCAACGUUAGCAAGAAGCCUGCACAGACUUGUGAGCCGGUCGCAGGUGGUGCCCCUUUCACCAUAUGCUGCAAUUGCUAUGAAGUUCUGCAGAUACCAAGGAAACAGUCCCUGUCAGGAAAUGAGUACAAAUUGCGUUGUGGAUCAUGCUCACAUGCAAUUCUAGUCAAGCUUGAUGGAAACAGGCUCAAUGUAUCAGAAAUUGCACUAGGUACACAUUUAUCUGAUGGACAGGAAAAUGACAUGGGAACCGAUGGGCAAACUCCGGACAAUAGGUCCAUUCCAGCUUAUCGUUUUUCUGUUGGAAGUCCUGCAUCUCAAGAAAAAGACCUGCACUCAAAUUUGAGUGAGUCAGAGAACAACCAUACCCCUCUAGCAACUGACUCAGAGGGCACUUCCCAGUCCAGGGAUCUUCCUCCUGAAGACAGUGCAGUUUCCCAUGUACCAAACUUACCACAUCGUAGUCAUUCUGGAUCAUCUCCAUCAGAACAUUCUGGAGUGGGAAGUAGAAGUACACAUUCUGAACCUGAAAAAGUUAUACCAUUAACUGAAACUUCCAAGCAGAAUUCAGUUAAAGGUAUAUGUGUAUCAAACAAGAUGCAAUCUCCAAACAAUGAGUUUGAUGUUACUGAAUACACAGAUGAUACAUUAAAUGCGCAGCAAGAUACUGAGCACCCUAAAGCAACAAAGGACAACAAUUCUUUUCUCACUAAUCUGAUAAAAAAGAGCUUCAAAAUUAAUAAUGGAAUGCGCAACGGAAGAGCAAGGAUUUAUGUAAAUGGCUUUCCUAUCUCUGAUCGUGCGGUCAGGAAGGCUGAGAAGCUAGCUGGAUCAAUCUGCCCUGGAAACUAUUGGUAUGACUACCAUGCUGGGUUCUGGGGUGUUAUGGGACGUCCCUGCCUUGGCAUGAUACCACCUUAUAUUCCAGAAUUUAAUUUCCCCAUGCCCAAGAACUGUGCUGGCGGAAACACAGGCGUAUUUGUUAAUGGAAGAGAACUUCACCAGAAGGAUUUGGAUUUACUUGUCACUAGAGGACUCUCUGAUUCCCCUGGUAGAUCUUAUGUAGUUGAAAAUUCUGGAAAGGUUUCAGAUGAAGUAUCUGGUGAAGAACUUUAUGGCCUUGGAAAACUUGCACCAACAGUUGAGAAAAUGGGGCGUGGAUUUGGCAUGCGCGUCCCAAGGUUCAUCCAGUGACAGGUCAGCUUGGCACAUCUAAACUUCUGAACCUCGAAGGCAAAUCGAUGGAGAUAAUUCAGAUCUACUGUAGGUUACUUCAAUUGUGAAGCUAGUUUCAUGUAUCUUUCUUUUUCCUGAUUAUAUUCCGAUUAACAUGAGGCCUAGUUCAGUCAAGUUGAGGUUUUCUUGUAAUUUUCUGAUGCAUUUGUUUUUACUGAAAAUUUUCCUUUUUCAUUUACAUGUUAUGCAAGAACAAUUUGAAGCAUUUACCUAAUUGAAUCGUAUGAAUUGUAUCAAAUUAGCUAAAAGGGAAGUAAUAACUAAGUUAUCUCA